UGAAUAAAUACCCUUCUGAAACCAUUUUCUCUCUUUUUUUCCUUACCUUCCAAUCCCAUUAUAAGCAAAGUUCAAGCACAUGAUAAUUCCAUAAUUAAAAAUUAAGAUUUUUUUUUAAUUUUCAUUGUUAGCAAGGAUUACAUCAUCAUCAUCAUUUCACAAAUUAUGACAUCACGUGCUUGUGUCUUUAUUAAUUCGAAUCCAAAGGUUCGAAAUAAAUUAAUUAAUACGAUUUCUUGUAUUAAACCAAAGUUCCCGCCGAAUAUCAACUUAAGAGAGUUGAUAACGAAGCAAACAUUUAGUGAAUCUAGUAGAAGUUCGGGGAGGAGUCCGAAUGCUUUUAUCAUUUACAGGAAAGCAUUCGUUGAAGCCGCAAGGAAGGACGGAUACCACCUACCAAUGACAGUUGUAUCUUCAAUGGCUUCUAGAUCUUGGGACUUGGAACCAGGGGAGGUCAAAGAACAUUAUAAAAGGUUAGCCAAGGAAGCCAAUGCAAUAAGGAAUAAAUUAGUUCCAAAAUUAAAUAAAAAAAGAAGACAAAAAUGGAAUAUAGUUUCAUUUCCACCUCCAACCUCCUCAGUUACCAAUAAUAAAACGAGGUCGAAAAAGAAAAAGGUGGAAAUUAAAGAAAAUCCAUCAUCAAGCACUGGUAUUCCUCCAAUAAGUUUUCAUAUUCCUUACGAUAUCUGUUCAAAGAUCGAAGAUAGAUACAGUUCCCUUGAUGAUUCAACAAUUAGUCCUUCUAUCACAAAUUCCGCACAACAACAACCGCAACAAGUCAAUGAUAUCGAUAAUUUCAAUAAUUUCAAUAAUUUCAAUAAUUUCAAUAAUUUUAUUAAUUAUAUUCCUCAACAACCUCUUAACCAAGAAUUAAUUAUUGGGGAACAAAUCAUUGAUACAUUUAAUGUUGCGGUUGACAUUCCUAUCGACAUUAAUAACGAUUUUGAAUAUGAUUCUUUCGGCUUCUCGACACUCUUUAAUGAAUGUGAAGAAUAUGAAGUUUAUUAUCCUUCUAUUUUGGGUGGGUGAAAUUUAAGCUAAGAAAAAUUUUUUUUUUU